AGCAGGGUAAAAUAUACUCAAGUAAGCUUUACUCAGAGUAACAUCUAGUCAUGCGACUUUACGAACAUAUAGUUUGCGAAGCUUUGGUGAAAGGAUACAAAACACUGUUUUUAUUUAUCGGAUCAGAGCAAAAGGAGAUCAAACUUUAAAUUGUGCAAAACAGUGCAAAACUACACCGAUUCACUAAUAUCAUAAUAUAAAUCGAUCGAUAUGAGCUUGAUCUACUGCACGACAAUAUUAUUAAUAAUAUCUAUCAGUCUCUUCUACAUAUAUGCCAAAUACAAGCUAUCUUAUUGGAAAAGACGUGGUGUCAAAACUCCUCCGACGCACCUUCUCUUUGGUAAUUUUAAAGAUCUUCUCACCUUGCGAAAACCGGCAGGUGAAGUAAUGCGCGAGAUCUAUAACAGCGCCGAUCCGAAUGAUCCCUACAUCGGCUUCUACAUCUUUCAUAAGCCAAUGUUGCUCUUGCGAAAUCAUGAUCUAAUCAAACAAGUGAUGAUUACUGAUUUUGAGAUUUUUCCAAAUCGACGGUUUGGUUCAACGAAGCAAAAGGAUUCGAUUGGCCUAGAUAGUAUCUUAUCUAUUAAACAGCCUAGAUGGAAAUAUUUACGAAGCAAAUUAACCCCGUUCUUGACUGGACAGAAGCUAAAAAAUAUGUUGCCACUGAUAGAGGAAUGCGGAAAGUCUAUGUUGAAAUUUAUCGAAAACUUAUUGACAAACAAAUUUGUAGAUAAUAAUUGUGAAAUGAAAGAUUUGAGUAGCCGUUAUGUAAGCGACGUUAUUGCCUCCGUCGCAUUUGGUAUCAACACAGAUUCAUUUAAUGAAACACAAAAUACUCUCUGGAAAAAUGGUAUGAAGAUCUUCCAGGGUAUUAAAGGUGUUAUAUCAUUUACUAUCAGCUUUUUCAUUCCCGAAUGGUGUUUUUUAAUGGAACCAUUUACUAAGGAACCUGCAAAGUACUUUCGCGAAAUUUUCUGGGAUUCUAUAAAUACGAGGGAAAAAAUAGGAUUCAAGAGAGGAGAUUUGAUGGAUUUUAUGUUGACACUCAAGAAUGGAGAACAGAAUCCUAUUUAUAAAUUUGAGGGCGAUAAUUUAGUGGCACAACUAGCCAGUUUAUAUAUAGCUGGAUUCGAAGCAACCUCGAAUGUAAUUGCAUUCACUCUAUAUCAUUUAGCGUGUCAUCCGGAGCAUCAAGUUACUUUGUACAACGAGAUACAAACACAUCUAACAGAAAAACAAUUAACGGUGGAUCUAAUCAAUAAAAUGUCUUUUUUGGAUUGUAUUAUAUCUGAAUCAUUAAGAUUACAUCCUCCUUUACCUAUCGUCGACCGAACAGCUAUAAAAGAUUACGAGUUACCAGGCACUGGAUUAAUUAUCGAAAAGGAUAUCUCGAUCUAUAUCUCCAUAAACGCAACGAUUCAAGAUCCUGAAUAUUUUCUCAAUUCAAACGAUUUCAUUCCAUCAAGAACAGUAGAAGACAAAAAGUUUUACGAUUCUUUGGUAUUUGGCAUCGGACCCCGAUCGUGUAUAGGACAAAGAUUGGCCAUAUUAAUUAUGAAAGUAGCGUUAAUCAGAAUUGUUUCGAAUUACACUCUCAAUUAUGAAAAGGAUAAAAAGAUUACCUUAAAUGAUGCCAUUCACGUAUUCACGUAUGCAGCUGGUGGUCUUUAUGUAAGAUUUAAAAAACAUUCGCAUGAAUAGGAAAAGCGGAUUAGAAUGCGCUUUUAAUUAAACAUUUUAUUAUUAUUAGAUAUAAAUAUCACGAAAUGU